ACAGACCGAAAAAGUCAAAGUACUCUGCAACCCGCAGACUGCUACUAAAGACCAAACUGCUGAAGAAAGCGGGGACCAUGCUGGUGGCUGAGAAGGAGGAGAAGAGGGUAGAGAGGGAAAACACCCUAAACGAGAGAGUUCCCCCUCUCCAGCUCUCAGGCCUGACCACUCAGCAGCUUCAGGAGGUUUGCAAAGACCUGCACCGUAAGAUUGAUGUCACGGACGAAGCGCGAUACGAUCUGGAAAUGAAAGCGAACAAAAAUGAAACGGAAAUUCAGCACCUGUCCCAGAAGAUCUGUGAGCUGAAGGGCAAGAUGAAGAGGCCCAACCUGAAGAGGGUGAAGAAGUCAACCGAUGCCAUGCUGGGGAACCUGGACUCCAAAAUGAACAAAUCCAACGACUUCAAAGCCAACCUGAAGACCGUAAAGAAGGAGGAGGAGAAGAAGGAGGAGGUGACAGACUGGCGUAAGAACGUGGAGGCCAUGUCCGGCAUGGAGGGGAGGAAGAAGCUGUUCGAUGCCGCACAGUAAACAGAUGAAUAAUAUCUGAACUUGGGGCCCUAAGAAAUGUAAUUCGCCGGAAGAGACACCACAGUGACUUGGGC